CCCCGACUGAUUCUCCCGACCGCCGACAUGCGUCCCCUCCUCGGCCUGCUCCUCAUCUUCGCCACCUGCACUUUCGCCCUGUACUUGCUGUCGACUCGCCUGCCCCGCGGGCGGACCCGAGGCUCUCCCGAGGACGCCGAAGGCAGGUCACUGUCAUUCCCCUCAGACCUGGCUGAGCUUCGGGAGCUCUCUGAGGUCCUUCGAGAGUAUCGGAAGGAGCACGAAGCCUACGUGUUCCUGCUCUUCUGCAGCGCUUACCUCUACAAGCAGGGCUUUGCCAUCCCUGGCUCCAGUUUAUUGAAUGUGUUAGCUGGAGCCCUGUUUGGGCCAUGGCUGGGGCUACUGUUGUGUUGCGUGCUGACCUCGGUGGGCGCCACCUGCUGUUACCUGCUCACCAGCCUUUUCGGCAAGCAGCUAGUCAUCUCCUACUUCCCGGACAAAGUAAACUUGCUGCAGAGGAAGGUGGAGGAGAACAGAAACGGCUUGUUUUUUUUCUUGCUGUUUUUGAGACUUUUUCCCAUUACUCCAAACUGGUUCUUGAAUCUCUCUGCUCCGAUCCUGAACAUCCCUUUGGUGCAGUUCUUCUUCUCUGUGCUUAUCGGUUUGAUCCCGUACAAUUUCAUCUGUGUGCAGACAGGCUCCAUCCUGUCCACCCUCACCUCCCUGGAUGCUAUUUUCUCCUGGGAAACCAUCUUAAAGCUAUUGGCCAUUGCCUUGGUGGCUUUGGUUCCUGGGACCCUCAUUAAAAAAUUCAGCCAGAAAAAGCUGCAUUUGAAUGAAACUAGCAACAGCAGUCACCCCACUAUUAGAAAGGACACGUGACAUGGAUUGCAUGGAUCUGUUUCUUCCCUGUGUAAUGGGUGUGGUUCUUUAAAGCUUUUUUUU